GUCACCAUAUUUGCUCUUGCUGCAACUCUAAUUCGAUGGGGACUCGGCGAGAUAAAAUGUGCCGAGUCUCUCUUACGCACUGUGCUUCUCUCUAAGCAUUGAAAUUAGUCUCUCUCUGCGCACCCCUUUCUGCAUUUUUUUGCGAUUUCAACCCAUCUAUUAGUUGCAUUUUUCCUGCAACUUCCUUUAAUCUGUACAAGUUUUACCCUAAGGUAUUUUUGGUUCUUCAUCUUUCCUUGUCUCUUUGUUUUGUUUUAGUAUUCAAUUGUAUAGGUGUUAGUUGAAUGAUCGGCUUUGGGUUAAGGGAAGGGAAUUUUCUCUGGAUCGACGAGUUCGUGAUUCAUCGGCAAGAUUAAUGCAGAGGAUACGCUUGUUGUGUUGUAAAUUUAGGGUUUCUCGUACCAUUUCAUCCGCUUCUGUAUCUGGUUCUCCCCAAGCAAUUGUGAACCCUAAAAUUGGGAAGUGUAUCACUUGAUAUUCAGGGUCCAUCUCUAGAGGAUCAGAGAUAGAGUUACAUAAGUAGAUUUGUAGGUUUUUUUUUUUUUGGUCUCUUUAAUAUUUCAUGUAGCCGCUGGCCAUGCCCGUGCUCUCCUAUUGAAUGAAUGCUUUGUUAAUAAGAACUCUGAGAACUAUAGUAUUCCAAUAUGUUUUUUCUUUCUAUUAUUUUUUAUUUUUAAAUUUCGUCUGGAAUUGAUGCCUUGGAGUAACAAUAUAAAAGGAAAAAAAGAAAAUCCAUUGGCGGAGGCAUCUCCUUAUAUUGAUAAGUUGGUAAGUUAACUUCUUGAGGUCUUCCUAAAUUAACAAACGGUCUCAUGGCUGGUGCCACUCGGAUUCUUGGGGUGACAGAGCCGAUUUCCUUGGGUGGGCCUUCUGAGUUUGACGUUUUGAAGACCCAAGAGCUUGAAAAGUUUCUUGAAGGUGCUGGAUUGUAUGAAAGUCAAGAAGAAUCUGUAAGCCGAGAAGAAGUGCUUGGAAGAUUAGACCAGAUUGUAAAGGUUUGGAUCAAGAAGGUGAGCCGAGCCAAGGGAUUCAAUGAACAACUUGUUCAAGAAGCAAAUGCUAAGAUAUUUACAUUUGGUUCCUAUCGUCUCGGGGUUCAUGGCCCUGGUGCAGAUAUUGACACUCUUUGUGUGGGUCCAAGACAUGCAACUAGAGAAGAAGACUUCUUCCAAGAACUUUACGCAAUGUUGGUAGAGAUGCCCGAAGUAACUGAGCUGCAUCCUGUACCUGAUGCUCAUGUCCCUGUAAUGAAGUUCAAGUUCAAUGGGGUGUCCAUUGAUCUUCUUUAUGCAAAACUUUCCCUUUGGAUUAUUCCUGAAGACUUAGAUAUCUCUCAGGACUCAAUACUUCAGAAUGCAGAUGAGCAGACAGUUCGUAGCCUCAAUGGUUGCAGAGUCACUGAUCAGAUCCUGCGUUUGGUGCCAAAUAUCCAGAGUUUCCGUACAACUUUGAGAUGCAUGAGGUUUUGGGCUAAACGCCGUGGUGUUUAUUCAAAUGUGGCAGGAUUCCUUGGUGGCAUUAAUUGGGCAUUGCUUGUUGCCCGAAUUUGCCAGCUAUACCCAAAUGCCUUACCAAGUAUGUUGGUUUCACGCUUCUUCCGUGUUUACACCCAAUGGCGGUGGCCAAAUCCUGUGAUGCUGUGUGCAAUUGAGGAGGGUACUUUGGGCCUUCCGGUUUGGGAUCCAAGAAAAAAUCCUAGAGACAAGCUUCAUCAAAUGCCUAUAAUCACACCUGCAUAUCCUUGUAUGAACUCAAGCUACAAUGUAUCUUCGAGUACUCUACGAGUCAUGAUGGAAGAGUUUCAGCGUGGAAACGAAAUUUGUGAGGCCAUGGAGAUUAACAAAUGUGACUGGAGUACUCUUUUUGAGCCUUACCCAUUCUUUGAAGCAUACAAAAAUUAUCUGGAGAUUGACGUCACAGCAGAAAAUGAAGACGACCUUCGGAAGUGGAAGGGUUGGGUUGAGUCUCGGCUACGCCAACUUACGCUUAAGAUCGAGAGGGACACAUUUCGGAUGCUUCAAUGUCACCCACACCCAAAUGACUUUUCAGACAAAUCCAGAACGUUCCAUUGCUGUUACUUCAUGGGUCUACAGCGCAAGAAAGGAGUGCCUAUUCUUGAAGGCGAGCAGUUUGAUAUCAGGGCCACUGUUGAAGAAUUUAAACACUCUGUAGGAAUGUAUACUCUUUGGAAACCUGGAAUGGAUAUCCAGGUCUCCCAUAUACGGCGUAGGAAUGUACCCCAUUUUGUUUUCCCUGGAGGAGUUCGGCCUUCUCGCCCUCUGAAAACUGCUGGUGGAGAGGUUAAGAAAGUUGGUUCAAAACGAAAGGCUCCCGACCUGGCUCAAGGAGACAAGUCAAGUGUGGGUGUUGAAAGGGAUGAAGUCGAAAAUGGACCAAUGAAAAUGGACCAAUGAAGUUGAGACGGUUAUCUCCCACAAAGGAUUUCAGUGGUGUCAGCUUGGCCGUUAGACCAAUUUCUGAGACCCAGAAUUCAUGCUUAAAAGAUGAAGAAAAUGUUGCCAUUGAGAAGAUAACCAGUGGUGGUCCUAAUGGCCUGAAACCCAUUCCAGAGGAGCUUGAUGAGCUUGAAGACUUUGGAUCAAUGGGUCAAUUGAAGGAUUCACCAGAGGAUUUGGGGAGCAGGCUUGCUGAACCUGUGGUUGUCAAGGCGUCUCCUGUAAAGAAUUUUGGCAUGUGUUCGCAAUCUGCUCCGUUACUUGGAAGUGGCCUCCAAAAUGGGAUCUUAGAGGAGCUUGAGGAACAUGGUAUUGAGACACUUCUUUUUCUGGAUAAUAGCCUUCUGAACUUUCUGCUCCAGUGGUUGGCUUUUCAUCUACUUCAACUGAAACCCCGCGUAAGCCAUUGAUAAGGUUGAGCUUGGCUUCGUCUUUGAAAACAACUGCCAAAAGCACAUAGCUCCCCACCCUUGUGCAGCUUUUGCAAUGAAUAGCAAUAUUUGAUGGCUAAUGCGCGAUUGCUUAAGUUACGUUCAAAAUUGUGAUGGAAGUUAUGUUUUUUCAAGUAAUGAAUGUGCGUCUGUAUUAUACACAGUUGAGAGAAUGCAAAUAAGUUGUUUGGUGGUUCUAGUAAUC